AUGGGGACAAUGCACACGGCGAAAGUGAAAGCUAGUCCUUGUGAAGGUUUAUUAGAUGCUUCAACCAUGUUUGAGUGGGACCCAUGGGAUCCUCCCUUUCCUCCAUGUCCUCCUAUUCCUCCCGAUAUGUCCUUCAAUUCCCAUUCCAAAUUGGUCACUGAGUGGUUUGAUAAAAAAGAACUGAUUGCGACCUCCAGAGCGACCAAUCUAAUCAUCCCAGAUCGUACUCCAGAGUGGGUGAAUCAUGCCUUCUACAUUACAAUGCCCCGCUUGGUGCCCAUCCUGGAAAAGGAUAGCGUCCGGCGCUUCCUACGCUUAAUCAAUCGGGAAGGACGGGGCAUGGGAUGGGGUUUCAUCAUCACCCCACAAACCUUCAACCAGAUGAUCUUGCAAAAUGCAUUGCGUUGUGCCAAAGUUGUCUUGGAGGGCAAGGAUCCUGAGCUUCAUGGGUUUCGUGCCAACCCCAAUUGCAUGAACCGAUUUGGUUUUUUCCCCCUCCACCAAGCUGCUGAAAUUUUCUCUGUUGACAUGAUCAAGUUGCUGUUCGAAUACAAUGCAUCAGCAAAUGUACGCACAUCAGGCACUCAAGUUAUUGAGAACCUACUGCCUCUACAUGUUGCUGUGGAGAACACUUGCUUGCACAUGUAUCUGGAGGAUAAUGCAUUUCCUAACCAAGAUGAUCUGGAUAGCGAUUAUGCAAAUAUCAAGUAUGUCUGCAAGCUUAUCCAUCUUCUGUGCCUGCCUGAGAUGGUAUGCCACAUCCAUCUACUUUCUCAACACAACUAA